UCGUACUACACCAAGCUUUUGGGAGAGCUCAACGAGCAGCGCAAGAGGGACUUCUUCUGCGACUGCAGCAUCAUCGUGGAGGGGAGGAUCUUCAAGGCGCACAAAAACAUUUUGUUCGCCAACAGCGGCUAUUUCCGAGCCCUGCUGAUCCACUACAUCCAAGACAGCGGACGCCACAGCACCGCCUCGCUGGACAUCGUCACCUCGGAGGCCUUCUCCAUCAUCCUAGAUUUCCUUUAUUCCGGGAAGCUAGAUCUCUGUGGGGAAAACGUUAUUGAGGUGAUGUCCGCGGCUAGCUAUUUGCAGAUGACCGAUGUGGUCAACUUCUGCAAAACGUACAUAAGGUCGUCGUUAGAUAUUUGCAGGAAAAUAGAGAGAGAAGCCGCUUUCUAUCAGGCUGAUAGCGGGAGCGCUAGUUCUGCGAGGGAGGGCCCCUCGUACAGCUCAAAGAGCCAGUGCUCUGCCUCCGUCUCUUCCCUGCAGGAAAAGGAGAGGAUUUCGGAUUGCCAGAGAGACCCUCCCUGCGGCGAGUGCAGCAGCUGCCAUCCGCUGGAGCUCGUGGUCAGAGACCCCGUGAGCAGCGACUCUCCAGGCGACGUCAAUUCUUCGCUGCCCAAGGGGGUGGAACCCAAAGUAGAGUUUGACUCGGAUGAAGUAGAGGUAGAAUAUCCGACUCCGUUGUCCCUCGAGCAGAUGGAAGAGGGGCUGCACGGCGGGCAGGCAAUGGACCUGGCCUGCAAUAACUAUCACAUGAAACAAUUCCUAGAGGCCCUGUUGCGCAACAGCUCAGCUCAGAGGAAGGAUGAUGUGGUUCAUCACUUUGUCCGGGGCUUUGAGGGUAGGCCAGAGGAUGCAGGGGUAGCCAUGAGUUCCAUGAUGGACAUUCACAGCGACUGGUAUGGUGAGGACACAGGUGAUGUGUUAGUUGUGCCAAUCAAGCUUCACAAAUGUUACACGGCUAAACAGAAAGGAAUACUAAAACGGCACAUUCGCUCUCACACAGGUGAGAGACCCUACCCCUGUGAGACGUGUGGGAAACGUUUCACUCGGCAGGAACACCUUCGGAGUCAUGCUUUAAGUGUGCAUCGCUCAAACAAGCCGAUUAUCUGUAAAGGUUGCAGGAGAACAUUCACGAGUAGCCUGUCUCAAGGAUUACGACGCUUUGGCUUGUGCGACAGCUGCACCUGCGUGACCACUACCCACGAGGACUCGAUGCCCAUUAACCUCAGCCUAAUGGAACCUUCAUCGGAAGGCCAGGAGAAGGGCGAUGCUGAUAACGACUGGCCCAUCUAUGUGGAGUCUGGAGAGGAAAACGAUCCAGCUGAUGACGACGAUGCCGAUGGUGAUGACAAGCGGGAAAUCCACAGGAGCUUAUCGGACCGAGAAACACUUAUGUAG